GCCAGGGCAGCGGGGCCAGGCCAUGCGGGAGCUGCGCUCGUCCGCCUUCUGGAGGGCCGUCCUGGCCGAGUUCCUGGGCAGCCUCCUCUAUGCCCUGCUGGGGCUGGGGGCCUCCCUGCGCUGGGCCCCGGGGCCCCCCAACGUCCUGGGGGCCGCCCUGGCCUUUGGGCUGGCCCAGGCCACCCUGGUGCAGGCGCUGGGCCACGUCAGCGGGGGCCACAUCAACCCAGCCAUCACCCUGGCCUUGCUGCUGGCCUCGCAGCUCUCCCUGCCCCGUGCCCUGGGCUACCUCCUGGCCCAGCUGCUGGGCGCCCUGGCCGGGGCCGGUGUGCUCUACGGGGUGACGCCAGCCCCUGCCCGCGGCACCCUCGGCCUCAGCGCGGUGAGCAGGAGCUGGGGGGAGUCUGGGGGUGCUUGA